AUGGAAGAAAAGAGUCGGCGUAGUCGGACGCAUGUAGAUUAUGCCCUGAUGGUUAGCGGCAGGAGUUUAGUUUAUUUUUUUCUGUCUAUUGUUUAUUGUGAGCACGAAGUCUUUUCAUUAUCCGAUGCAGAAAUUUUUCGUCCAUGUACCUUUUCGGACGACUUGUCACUUAUUUCCUCUUCAGAUUUGGAAGCUGAAGAACAUACAUCUGUUAGACAAAAGAAAACUGCGGCGGUCACGAAGCAAAGGAAAACUAAACCUGUGAAAAUCAAGUUACGCCGUUCACUGCCAUCUGUAUUUACUGAAAAUAAGAAUAUGUCUGCAGCUAGCUCAAAGAAUCCCGUAUCUCAUCCAUUAGCGAUGAAUGGGAAAACCGAUGUGAUAAAGUCACCUUUGUUAACGAGUAAGAAAAAAAGUUCCUCUGCUAAAGCAGUUACCCGUCGACCAAGUGAAUUUCCAACUCUUCCGAAUGAAAUAACUGAGAAAAUCGUUGAUUUUUCCAUUCCACAGGAAAUGAUUGACGAAUGUAAUAAAAGAAGGAAAGAACUUGAAGAUGAAAGCAUAACAUUUUUAUUUGAAGCUUUAAAAACGCUUCGAUACAAGGACCCCCUAACGUUUACGGAAAAGUUUGCUCCAUUAAACCAUUUGUUUGAAAAGUCUCCACUGAAAAAGAGAAGAAGGCGUCCCGCAGGAGUGUUAAAGAAAACUGAAGGUUCUGCAAACAAAGAGAAGAGCACGUGCGUUGCUGGUCCAGUAGUUAUUGAAUCAGCUGAAGAUAACAGUUCUUCGAGCACUUCUCCACAAGAUACGGGCACACUUUGCGAUGCAGUACAACUAAGCAGUCAUACAAAUAUGUCUGAAAAACGGCGCCGUGGUCGGCCAAAAAGCUCCUAUAGUCCGGAUAAGGAUAAUCAAAUUGUUACUGAUUCUUUUGAUAAACUUAAGGAUCCAGUCAGUUGCGAUUCCUCCGCUCUGCCGGAUUGUGAUAAACUUGAUGAGAAAAGAGAUUCAUUGAAUGCCAACAUUGAACAUGUUAAUGUGUCUGGAGGAGCUACAGGACGCUUGAGGCCAUUGAGAGCCAGCAGGAAGCGUGCCAGCAUCGGCUUUUACAAAGCUUUGAAUUCGAUGGCCCUUUCGAAAGACUAUGAACGGAUUUCUCAAAACGGCAGCGAGUUCCAGCCGUUUUACUAA